CAUACAUCCUUAAUAUUUUCCAACUAAGGUUGUUUCUUUCUUCAAAGACUUUGUCGUUUUCUCUCUCUCUCUAAAAAUUCUAGAAAGAGAGAACACAGAGCGUGUGGGAUCAUCAUAGUAUAGCCACAUUCAAUUUUUCAAUUCAUCUUCAGCCUCCUCCUUUUGACUUUUCAAUCCAUUUUCAUCUUUCUAGAUUUCACACGUAGGAAUUGUUCAAAGAUCUUUGUACCUUUGUUCUUGUUCUUUGUUUUGUCGCAUAAAAACGAUCUAUGUUUGUUCUUUGAGUUUUUGAUGCAUUUUCUCAUCUAGAAAUUUAUGACCCAGAAAUUUAAAUCAUCAAAGUUUGGAUUUUUAUCAUUGAUUGAUUCGAAUUUCGGUUUCCAUUGAUAAUGGGUUGCGCAAAUUCCAAGCAAAAGCGAUGUAGACAUUGCAACAACCCCUAUUCGCCAGUUCCAAGAAGCUUAUCAAUGCAUGUUCAUCACCCACCUCAAUCAGAAGGUGAUGAUAGUUACCAUGUUGUGGCACUCAGAUCAACCACAUUAGGUAAUCUCAAACUCAAUUCCCCUUCUAGUUUCAAUGGUGAUUUUAGAUUCUCUAAUGGUAAAGUCGAAGAGAAUGGGGGUUUUAGGUUUGAUAGAGAAAGCUUAAUGCAAAAACUCAACAAGGAAAGGGAAAAGGAGAAAAAUGAGAAACAAGAAUUGGAAAGUGAUGAGAAAGUUGAAGAUUUUUCAAUGGGGUUGAUUGAAGCAAAGACUUGGUCUAGCAUGAUUGAAGAAAAGUUAACAAAAGUUGUUCCUGUGACACCAACAAGAACACCACCUGGUGAGCCAGAAACAAUCAAUACAUGGGAAUUAAUGGAAGGUCUUGAGGAUAUUAGUCCUUUUCGAUCGCCGAAUCACUUCAAAAGCUUCUCUUUUGAUGUCAAUGGUGUUGUUGUUGUUGAUGAUUGUGUUGGUGUUGGUGUUGGUGUUCAUCCUCCUAAACCCUUUUGGCAGGAGGAUGAAUCGAAACUCAAUCCGGCGAUAUCCGAUUUUGAUCCGGAAGUGAUUUCGUCAUUCAAGAUGUCUUUACAACAAAUCUCUCAUGAUAGUCCUUUUCAUCUUAGGCAGACGCCGAUUCGCGAAGAUAAGCUACGGUGUGAUGAUGAUGAUGAUGAUGAUGAUCUUUUUGUGGAUGCUAAGGUUGGUGGAAAGGAAAAGGUUGUUUUGUACUUCACAAGUUUGAGAGGAGUGAGAAAGACUUAUGAAGAUUGUUGUCAAGUGAGGAUGAUUUUGAGAGGGUUAGGAGUGAAAAUUGAUGAGAGAGAUGUGUCAAUGCAUUUAGGGUUCAAGGAAGAGUUAAGAGAGCUUUUAGGUGAUUUGUAUGGUGGAGGAAGAUUGCCAAGGGUUUUUGUUGGUGGAACCUACAUUGGUGGAGUUGAGGAAAUUGAGAAAAUGCAUGAAGAUGGAAAGCUUGAGAAAUUGUUGGAAUGUUGCGAGAAAAUUGAGGAUAGUGGUGGCGAAUGUGAGAAUUGCGGCAAUAUAAGGUUUGUUCCUUGUGAAACUUGUUUUGGAAGUUGUAAAAUCUACCACGAAGGCCGUGAUGACGACGAUGAUGAUGAUAAUGAAGAAGAAGAAUAUGAUGAUCAUGAUGAAGAGGGUGAGUCUGGAUUUCAACGUUGCCCGGAUUGUAACGAAAAUGGACUAAUUCGUUGCUCUGUGUGCUGCUACUAGUUUUUGUUUUCAAUUCCAGGUGAUUUUUAGUACAUGUUCGGAUUAUCACAUUCAGUUCAACGAAAUCACGCGGAUUAUGAUGUCCCUGUGAUUUCGUCGAACUGAGUAUGAUUUCAAACAUGCACAUAGUGACCAAAUUUUGAGUUUUAUCAUUAAAGGAUGUUUUGAUUUUUUUCUUUUGGGUGAGUUUUUGUUGUAUAGUUGAGUCUUUGAUAUGGUGGAUAGAAUGAAUAACUUGUUCUAAUCAUUCCCUCUGCACAAUUAGUGCAAGUUGCUGCAAAGUGUAUACUUUUCAUUUUUUUCAGAAAAAGAUAGAAAGUUUGUAUACAAUUUCUUUUCAUGUAUAAUUCAAAAGAAUUGUAAAAGAGAAUUACAAAUACAAAGUAUUUUGAUAGUUGUUACUUA